UUUUACUUGGGGGUUUCGAUAACCGACUGAACAAAGAACGUACGCAGCAUUCUAUGAAGGCAAUUUGGUUGAUGAUAAACUAGGAAAUUCAAACAAUCGAUUUACUUUUCAAUUAUAUUGUUGCAAAACGUAAUUUCUUUUAAAAACAGUAAUUUGGAUCAAAGGAAAAUAAAAAAAUGUCUCAAGGAAAUGGAUCUCCAAAUUCACAAUCGAAUGAGGGUGACAAAUUUUUUGAAAAUGAAAAUAAAAAUGAAUUUUGGAGUGACGUGAUGGAUUUGUCGGAUUCAGAUGUUCAAGAAGAUUUAGAAAAUGUAGAUGAAACGGAGAUUGCGGAGAAAUUACACAAAAUAUUAGAUGAGACUUUAACGACUUGUAAAAUUGAUGAUAUUGAUAAAAGAAUUUUUUCAACUCAUCUUAACAAUGCCAGCAAAACAUUUAUUCAGUUAAUUGCAGAAAUUGAUAAAAAAUUAUCAGCCAAACGAAAAAAUGAAAAUGACAUUCAAGCAAAAUUGAAAAUUUGCGAAAAUCUUUUGGAAUGUUGGCUAAAAUGUAUGAAGCAUUUAAAAAGUUUAAAAAAUAUUUCAAUUACAAAAAUAAAUUCGUUUCCUGAUAUUUUUUUUAACGUUGUAAAAAGUGCAUUGAGUUUUUGUAAAAUGAGUGAAAUGAACCAUGGUGAUGUUAACAACUUUAGUAAAGAAAUUGCAGUUAUUUUUCAAAAAUCCAAUGAACUUAUAAAUGCAUUUCUUAAUAUUUGUGACACAGUUAUUAAUUUCAAUGUAGAAGAGGAGACAGAAUUAAAUGUAUUAAGUUCAAUCAUAAAUGAAAUUGGUGAUACUACUGUAAUGGUAAAUCGAUUAGACCUGAAAACUAUAACUGGAAUUUGGAAACAGUUUGGAAAAUUGGCAACUAUCCACGGCGAAAAAAUAAAAUUGAAAUUUUCAGAACGUGUCAUACAACAUUUUAAUUCAUUAGCAGAAAAUAUUGUGUCAUUAAUUUUUUCAGCUGUAAAAGGUGAACAACAAACUGUAAAUGAGAAUAGAAUUUCUUGUUGUAAACUUUUAAUGAAAAUUCUAAAUAAAUUGUGGAAUAUUUAUUAUUUGUCUAUUAAUGAUGAAAUUGCAUAUUCUAUUGUUAAAAUGCUCGUUCAAAUGUAUAGGCAUUCUUCUCCUUGUUUAAUUGCAAUGAAUGUAAAUCAUUCAAUUGUUAAAUUUAUUGAAAUCAAUAUUUCGAAUGAUUUAGAAAUAUUUUUUAAUUCUGUUUUUAAUGAAGAACAUGUGUUUAAGGCAUUUUUUGAAUUCGGAAAAGGAGAAGAUAUUGAUGCUAUUGGAUAUCAUUUAUUAACAUUAAAUAUAAUGAGAAAAUUAAUUAAAUUAUCCUAUGAUAUUCAAAGAAAGUGGAUACUCGACGAGUCUUCUAUUCUCGAUGUUGCUUUUACAAAUAUUGAUCUCUUACAAUUAGAAAUUUGUUUGGGAAAAUUACAAAUAUCAUUAUCUCGAAAUCUUGGAGGAAGUGUGAAAUCAUUGACAAUUUAUGAAGAGACAUUCACAAUGAUUUGGGGUUUAAUUUGUCAAGUUCCAUCAUCUGAUUUUGGAAUAAUUGAAAAUUUAUUAGUAAAAUAUUUAAUGAGUGGAAAUUAUUGGAGUUCCCUUCUUACUGUUGAUGUAUGGUGUAUAAUUAGCAGAUGUACUUCUCCACAAUUGUGUUACGAUCAUUUGAAAUAUUUCUUGAAAGUUUAUAAUCAAUUAUCAGAACGAAAAAAUAGUUUAGAAGUAUUUUUUCUUUCUUUCUUAAUUAGACGACUUUAUCGAACAUUAUCAGAAAACAAAAAAGAUUUUUUUGUAGAAAAUUUAGAUGUAUCUGAUUCUGAUUUUUGGAUUCCUCUUUCACAAGUGUUGACUGAUAGGGGAAAAUUAAUUGUUGAGAGAAAAACAAAAGAGACUGGCAAUGAUAUAACGAGAAAUUUUCAACUUUUUACAGAAAAACCAUGUUUAAAAUCCUGGACAUGUUUUACUUCAUUGUUAAAAAUGACUGAAAUUUGUUCUCGUGAACAAGAUAAACAAACUAUGAAAACUCUUUCUAAUAUUUGGAAUUCCAUUGUUAAUGUAAUUGAAUUCUGUGAGGGAAUUUAUUUAAUUCUUAUUUCAGAAUUGAUGACAGCUAUUUUUCAUUGUCAUAUUCCUUGCGAUGAAAGUAUUAAUGAUGGAACUAUAUGUUCGAUUCUUAAAUCUAUAACAUCUUUAUUACCGUAUACACUUCCUUUUGUACGAAUACAAUUAUUAAAUUGGCUAAAAAAUACAUUUAUCAAGAGUAGAAAAAAAAUUUCACAUUUAUCAACUUCUGUUGCUGAGCUUUAUAUUCAACUUUUACAAGAUGAGACACCGUGGGUUUGUCAGGAAGCGUUUGAAUAUUUUAACGAUUUUACACGUACAAAUCCAAAUGAAGAUCUCGUUGGAAGUGUUCUAAAUAUAAUUAUUGAUAAGACAACAUUAUCAGAAAAAGUAACGGCUUAUAUUUCCAGUAGCUUACAUUACAAAUUGUCUGGAUUCCCAAAUAAUGAGACAUAUCUCCGUCAAUUAUUGGGAAGUUCACGAAAAAAUUUAUAUCAACAUACUUGCUAUGAAGUGAAUGAAAGAGAGGAAAAAUUUCCAAAAUUGGAAAUUUCUAAUUCUAUUAAUGAUUGCAAUGUAAAGAGAAAAAUUGAAAACAUAUGCAAUGAAUUGAAUGAACUUUUAAAUUAUAAAAAUGAUAUUAGUCAAGAGAGUUUUGAAAAAUUGAGAACAACUUUUAUGAAAAUUUGCGAUCAACGUUCUUAAUCAAUUUUUGUAGUUUUUUUUUUAAAUUAUUUUCAUGAAAAUUUGUAAUUGAUAUAUUUUUUUUUAAUAAUUCUGAAUCAAUUUUGUAUAUUUAAAUUAGUUUUAUAUUUAUUUAGUUGUUGUAAACGGGCUAAAUAAUAAUAAAACAAAAUAGUUAUAAACUAAUAA